UCUCCCUGAGAUGGCGGGUCCGACAGCUGCAGCCCUGUGGCCUGGAGUCCUCCUGCCCCUGCUGUCCAUCAUCCACCCCUCGCAGCCUGGAGGGGUCCCAGGGGCUGUUCCUGGAGGAUUUCCCGGAGGAGUUCCCGGGGGAGUUCCUGGAGUAUUUCCCGGAGGAGUUCCUGGAGGAGUUCCCGGCGGAGUUCCUGGAGGCUACUUCCCAGGACUGGGGCCUGGAGGCAAACCACCCAAGCCAGGGGCUGGACUUCUUGGGGCAUUUGGGCCAGGUGCUGGAGGGCUCGCAGGAGCUGGCCCUGGGGCAGGGCUCGGGGCCUUUCCUGGAGGCGCCUUCCCCGGGGCUCUAGGGCCUGGUGCAGGGGCUGGUGCUGCUGCAGCCUAUAAAGCUGCUGCCAAGGCUGGUGCUGGGCUUGGCGGUGCCGGCGGCCUUGGUGCCGGCGGCCUUGGUGCCGGCGGCCUUGGUGCCGGCGGCCUUGGUGUCGGUGGACUUGGUGUCGGUGGCUUGGGAGUGUCUACAGGUGCAGUCGUGCCUCAGCCUGGUGCAGGAGUCGGAGUUGGAGCUGGAGCAAAGCCUGGGAAAGUGCCUGGUGUGGGUCUGCCAGGUGUAUACCCAGGUGGAGUACUCCCAGGCACAGGAGCUCGGUUACCAGGUGUGGGGGUGCUCCCUGGAGUUCCCACUGGAACAGGAGUCAAGCCCAAAGCCCCAGGUGGAGGUGGAGCUUUUGCUGGAAUCCCAGGAGUUGGACCCUUUGGGGGUCAGCAGCCUGGAGUCCCACUGGGGUACCCUAUCAAGGCACCCAAGCUGCCAGGUGGCUACGGACUGCCCUACAGCACUGGGAAACUGCCCUAUGGGUAUGGUCCUGGAGGAGCGGCUGGUGCUGGGGCCAAGGCCGGGUAUCCAACGGGGACAGGGGUUGGCCCCCAGGCUGCAGCAGCAGCAGCUAAAGCAGCGAAGUAUGGAGCUGCUGGAGGCUUGGUACCUGGUGGCCCAGGAGUUGGAGUCCCUGGUGUUGGAGUCCCUGGUGUUGGGGUCCCAGGUGUUGGGGUCCCAGGUGUUGGAGUGCCAGGUGUUGGAGUGCCAGGUGUUGGGGUCCCAGGUGUUGGAGUCCCAGGGGCCGUGUCACCAGCUGCAGCUGCUAAAGCAGCCAAAUAUGGCGGCAGAGCUGGACUGGGAGUAGGAGGUGUUCCCGCUUAUGGGAUUGGUGCUGGGGGCUUUCCUGGCUAUGGUGUUCCUGGAGUUGGCAUCGGAGGUGUCCCUGGAGGCAUCCCUGGAGCUGGCAUUUCCCCUGCAGCCCAGGCAGCAGCUGCCAAGGCAGCUAAGUACGGUGCUGGAGGAGCAGGAGCCCUGGGAGGGCUGGUGCCCGGAGCCAGAGGUGCAGUACCAGGUGUGCCGGGCGCUGGAGGGGUGCCAGGAGCUGGGACCCCAGCGGCUGCCGCCGCUGCAGCCGCCGCCAAAGCUGCCCAAUAUGGGUUAGGCCCCGGCGCUGGUGUGGUUCCCGGCAUUGGCGUUGGCCCCGGCGCUGGCGUGGUUCCCGGCAUUGGCGUUGGCCCCGGUGGUGUUACAGGAGCAGGGACCCCAGCUGCAGCCAAAUCUGCUGCUAAGGCGGCCGCCAAAGCCCAGCUCCGGGCUGGAGCUGGGCUUCCUGGUGGCGUUCCCGGAUUUGGAGCUGGUGCCGGUGUUCCCGGAUUUGGAGCUGGUGCUGGCGUUCCCGGAUUUGGAGCUGGUGCUGGCGUUCCUGGAUUUGGAGCUGGUGCUGGUGUUCCUGGAUUUGGGGCAGGGGCAGGACCUGGAUCCCUGGCUGCUGCUAAGGCAGCCAAAUACGGAGCAGGAGGACCUGGGGGCCUUGGAAGUCUUGGUGGAGCAGGUGUCCCAGGUGGUGUGGCAGGAGCCGGACCUGCUGCCUUGGCUGCUGCCUCCAAGGCCGCUGCCAAAGCUGCCCAGUAUGGCCUGGGAGCCGGCGGGCUCGGAGCUGGAGGACUGGGAAUUGGAGGGCUUGGGGCUGGUGGAGCUGUCCCAGGGGCUGGGGCCUUUGGAGGUGUGUCCCCAGCUGCAGCUGCUAAAGCAGCCAAAUAUGGUGCCGCUGGCCUUGGAGGUGUCCUAGGAGCUGCCAGGCCAUUCCCAGGCGGAGGAGUUGCAGCAAGACCUGGCUUCGGAUUGUCUCCUAUUUUCCCAGGUGGCGGAGCCGGAGCCGGAGCCGGGGGCCUGGGAGUUGGUGGCAAACCUCCCAAGCCCUACGGAGGAGCCCUGGGAGCCCUAGGGUACCAAGGUGGGGCCUGCCUGGGGAAAUCCUGUGGCCGGAAGAGAAAGUGAGCUUCCCAGGACCCCUGACUCACGACCUCAUCAACGUUGGUGCUACUGCUUGGUGGAGAAUGUAAACCCUUUGUGACCUUCCCCUCAAUGCCCCCUCCUAAGUCCCCACCUCUGGAGGGGACAGGGCUGGCCGGGCGGACUUGGAAAUCCACAGGACAAGGAAACAAGAGAACGGUGGCCAAGUGGGCCCCGGGAAGCCCCCUACUUCAGAGGCAAGGGGUGGGUGGGCUUGGCCCCCUGCCCCCUUCCCACCCAGGAGCUCCCCCUCCACACACUCUCCAUCUGCAGGGGAACUCGGUGCUAAGUGCUGGUGCUUUCAUCUUCCUGGGGGAGGGAGGAGGGAAGGGCGGCCCCUCGGGAAGCCCCUCCCCGGGGCCCUCUGAAAAUGGUGCAGACACUUGCUGGGCAGUCCCACCUCCCCCUGCCCACCAGGACCCACCCCUGGCUGCGGUCCAGUUGGUACCCAAGCAUCAAAAACCUCAGGCUGGAUUCGGUCACACCAUCUCUUGGCCCCUGGGCCCCUUUUCCCCUCACCAAUCACUAUUCCCCAUGUCUGGGGCACCUUCAGAUCAGAAGAACCCCAACAGGAAUAGCCCUCUUUCUCUUGUGGAAUUCAUCCGCCCAUCUGUCCAUCCAUCCUUGUCCUCAGUUGACCGCCUGGCACCACUAGCUGGCCCGGUACCCCCACCGUCAACCUGGUUAACCUGUCAUGGCAGCCUGUGCCCUGCCUUCGUCCCACCACACAUACCCCUACAAAGGGGCCGGGGUGUGAGGGGCUGUGCCAGCUGGGGCGGCAGGAAUCUCCUCCCGAACAUGGGUCCCCCCCACGCAGUACUGUAUCCCCCGUCCCUCCCUCGAGCCACUGUACUUCACAGCAUUUCCCGUCCCUGCCCCGCCCAUCUCUUUGUGUCUCGCUGUGAUAGAUCAAUAAAUAUUUUAUUUUUUGUCCUGGA